CUCCGCUGUCUCGCCAAGAGCCCGACAUCGCCCUGGAAGCCUGCGACGUGGCCGCUUGAUUUCCAGCUCUGCAUCUGCAGCACAAACGGAACACGUAAAUGUGACUCGCAGCCCCGUCCCCAGCUCCGUCAGCAGCCGGCCAAGCUCGAGUCAGAUGAGACGCGAUGUGCUGCCAGCACGCCGGGCUUUGAAGAGCUCCUGUCCUCAAGGUCACCUGCCUGGGGGCUUAGGAGUGUCCUUAAAUACAGCCCUGAGCUGCCAUCGUGCAGAAAGAGAAAGAAACGCAUCCCGUUUCCGUCUGCGGCCGGCCGGGAUCUUUCACCAGUGCCAGAGGAGGAAAGCUGACCCCAAACACAUCCUUCUUCAGGAGGAAAUGUGAAAUUCACGGCUCUGCCCAAGUCUUCUCGCCAGCUCAUCUGUAUUCAGGAGCAUGAGCAGAAUCUCCUGCUUGCUUCUGGCAAAGCCACAGCAAAGGGACGUUGAACACGAUUGUCUUGUCCUGCCCUGGGGAGCGUUUGGAUGUGCAUGCGUGACACAGUGGGAUGAUUCCUGAUGGAGAGAAGCGAUGCCACGCUCUUGGGAUGGAGCAGAAUUUGCUCUGAGGCAGGAUUUGGAGCAGGAAUACCAUGAGGGAUAUUGAGGAUUGAUGCUGUGCUCUUGCGAUGGAGAGCAGUCCACCCAGCUUGGAGAUUUGGGGUAGAAAGGCCAUCAAGGAGCUUAAGGAGCAAUACCAUUCUCUUGGGAUGGAGGAGUGCUGUGCCCUGCUUCGAGUUUUGGAGCAGAAAUACCAUUGAGGAUCUUGAGGAGCAAUGCUGUGUCCUUUUGGUGGAGAACAGUCUACCCUAGUUGGGGAUUUGGGGCAGAAACACCCCAGUUGAAGAGUUUGAGCAGCGAUGCCAUCCUCUGGGGAUGGAGGAGUGAUCUGCCCUACUUGGAGAGCUGGAGCAGCAAUGUCAUCAGAAAGUCUUGGUUUGGGUUUGCAGGACACCAGGCUGCUCCUUCGGGUGCCCUCAGUGGAAGGGGGGUGUUGUGGUGCAAUUCUCCUCUUGCAAAAGGGAAAGGCUCUGCAUUCGUGUAGGAACUGCAGCUCCUAUUAAUGAUGAGCCUGAUCCUGCCCUCUCCGGUGCUGUCCCAGCCCCAGCUCACAGGACCGAACUCGGCUCCAAGACCGAGGAGCAUUUAGAGUUCCAGAAGGCUUUGUACAGAGCAGACGCCAGGAGCUCCCUGGAGCUGCGUGCCAUGACGGUGUCCGGCAGCGUGCCCUGGGAUACCUCCGCCCUGGAGACGCGAGGAGGCGAUGGCAGAGAAGAAAGCACUUUAGAGAGACUCUCUAGCUUGAAGGACUCAAAGGAUGUGUCGACAUUCCCUGGGGAUCCCCAGGUUGUAAAUACGGUGCGGGUGGAUCCUGAGGACCUGGAGAGUGACGCCGAGGAGCUGGGUGCUGGCAUGGCGGCAGCCGGGAUGCCCAACCCUUGCAUGGGGCCGCCGGUGGGGGGUGGGGAGGAGAAAUACCUUAAACCUGAACCAAAGCAACUUGAAGGUGUCGGCAAAGAGCACUUAGAGAAAAGCAGGAGGGGGACACAGAGGGUCGACUGGAUUUCUCGACCCAACAGAAGCCCAAGUCCUCACUACAAAGAUGUGAGCAAGCCGACGGAUGUAGCAACCAACGUACCCUUCCGGGGACAGGCUGUGCGUGAAGUGCCUCCUCCGCUGACUCCGACGGUGUUCAGGAAGUCUCUGAACCCUGUCCUCAGCAAGUCCAAAACUCUCGAGACCCCCUUGUCCCACAGGAGGGGGCUGGGGGUCGACUCGGACGCGGGUGAGAUGGGUGCGCUCAGCGCAGCUGAGUGGACCAUCCCAAAGCCAGCUCUGCAGCUCAGCACCGACCUCGCCAUCGGCAAGCAGUCGUGGACGGUGAAUUCUGAGGAUUCGGUGGAGAGGAUCCCGCUGAUGUCCCUGGAGCCCACUCCCUGCAGCUCCUAUGAUGUGGAGAUGAGGCCCUAUGUGUGCAGCGUGCUGGUGGAGGAGCAGGGCAAAGAGGAGCUGGGUCCUGAGGAGGAUCCCACGGUGUACACGUGCAUCGAGUGCAGCAUCUACUUCAAGAAGAAGGAGCACCUGAUGGAUCACAUGCUCCAGCACAACCGCGGGCCAGGGAGGGACCAAGAUGGGGAUGCUCUCGGAGGGCAGUGCCAGUUCUGCUGCAAUGAGUGCGGGUGGGCCUUCGGGGACCUCGCGUCCCUGGAGCAGCACAAAAGGCUCCACCAGGAAUCCAGGGAAAAAAUCAUCGAGGAGAUCCAGAAGCUGAACGAGUUCCCGGAUGAAGGUCGGGAAGCCCGGCUGCAGUGCCCCAAGUGCGUCUUUGGCACCAACUCCUCCAAGAUCUUCGUGCAGCACGCCAAGAUGCACGUCAAGGAGAGGAAGGACCAAGGAGCGAAGAGCCUGAAUCUCUACGGGAGCGGAGAGCUGCAGGAUAGCCCCGUGCACAGCAUGUACAAACACUUCAAACCCAAUGAGCACCUGGCCCUGCAAGUGCAGGCGCCUCCACACGGCAAAGGGCUCAGCACCUGCGUGCUCUGCAGCUUCCCGGCACCCAACGAGAACAUCCUCAAAGAGCACAUGAAAUACGCCCAUUCCCACCUCUCCUGGGAUGCAGAGGUGUACGAGGAGGAUCCCAACCAACCGGGAACCAGCAGGGAUGCCUACAGCCCCGCCAGGACAGGCUGCUUUGCAGAGACUGAUUAUUUUGGCAAAGCAGACCAGCUCUUCCCUCCGCCCCACCGAGAAAGCGCGUCGCAUUACGACGUGCACAGUUUCACCGUCGAUCACCCACGACUCAACAAAAGCAACGGGGGCAGCAAAAAGGACUACGUGACGUCGGGGUUCCAUGCCAGGAAAGCGGCCCCGUACGCUGCCCGCCACAAAAACCUGGGGCUCUCCUCCACAAAGGCUUAUUCGCAGUUUGCUCUGCAGCACCUGAAAAAAAAAACAGCAGCUCAGCAGCUCGAAGCCGAAGGCGAUGGUCUGAGGAGUCACUCAACUGGACUGGAGGAGGUCAGGCACAAAUGGAUGUUUAUCAACGAGGUGGGGGGCGUGGAAGGGGAGUUUUCCAUGGCCGCGGACACGGACUUGAUGGAGCACAGAGUCACCAAACCCGUCACCAUCCCUCAAGCUGCUUUGGACCUCAAGAGGACGUACAGAGACACGCUGAGAGCCACGGACCCUUUGAUUGCCUCCGAAGAGCAGCAGCAGCAGCUGCGGAUGAUGGUGCCCAUCGUUCUGCUGGAGGAGGUCAACCCACACCCCAAAGCAAAGAAGCGGCCCCGGGCAAAGCCCUACAAGAAGAAAACAGCAUUCCCGUCGCGGGAGUUCAUGAUGGAAGAGCCUCUUCCCUUGGAUGUGCUCCUGUUGGACUCUCCUUUAGAGUUUGAUGACUUUUUGGACUCCGACUCGCCCAUGUUGAAAAACGAGGAGAGGAAGUGCCCGUACUGCCCGGAUCGGUUCCACAACGGCAUUGGGCUGGCGAACCACGUGCGGGGCCACCUCAACCGUGUUGGGGUGAGCUACAACGUCCGGCAUUUCAUCUCGGCGGAAGAAGUGAAAGCUAUUGAGCAAAAAUUUUCCUUCCAAAAGAAGAAGAAAAAAGGUAUUGCAAACUUUGACCCGAGCACGUUCAGCCUGAUGCGAUGCGAGUUCUGCGGGGCCGGCUUCGACACGCGCGCCGGGCUCUCCAGCCACGCCAGGGCCCACCUGAGAGACUUUGGUAUUACCAACUGGGAGCUCACCAUCUCGCCCAUCAACAUCCUCAAGGAGCUGUUGGCCAACUCGGCGGAGUACCCCAUGCUGCAGGCGGCGGUGGGAGCGGAGCCCUCGUCCCCGGGCCGAGAGCCGCACGGCUUCGUGCCCCGCAAGAGCAUGACCCCCAUCUCCGAGUGCAGCAUUCCACGCUCUCCUCUGUCCCCAUUCCCCCCAUCCUGGGGAGAUGAGUCCUUGCAGUCCUACAGAGACGUUCUGGCCCCAGAGGAGGAGGAGGUGGUGGCCAUGGAGGUGGGUUCCCCCCCACCUCCCCCUCCACCACCGCUGCCCAAGAAGAGCUCAGCCCCGGGGCAGUCGGAGCCGCCCGCCCGCAUAGGGACCAAGCUGUGCGCCGAGCCGCCCGGCAGCAAAGCAGAUCCACACGACCCCAAAACCCAGAACCUGACGACGUGCGAGGUGUGCGGCGCCUGCUUCGAAACCCGCAAAGGGCUCUCCAGCCACGCGCGCUCCCACCUGCGGCAGCUCGGCGUGGCCGAGUCGGAGAGCAGCGGGGCCCCCAUCGAUUUGCUCUACGAACUGAUGAAGCAGAAGGGCAAACCCGAUGGGCACCCCAUGGUUUCUCCCACCCUCGGCAAAAAAUCUGCCUCUCCCAAGGACGGCAUCGCCGGUUCCCCGCGUCCCGCGCUGCUGGCGCUCGGCAAAGGCGGUGAGCGCUCGCUGGAUGGCCCCAUCAACAAAGCCAUCAAAUCCCCGCCGGGAUUCUCCAAGAGCCUCUCGCAGCCCGGAUCCCCCAUCCUCAAGAAGGUGCCCCCCGUGCUCUCUGGGUCCCCCUCUCCAAAAAACCCCGAGGAGAAGAGCUCGAAGCUGUCGCUCAGCCCUCUGCAGAGCUCCCCAAAGGCGCAGUGGCCACAGGCAGAUGAGGAAGGACCUCUCAAUUUGACCGCCGGGGGGGAGCCGGUGCGGGACAUCCGCUGUGAGUUCUGCGGGGAGUUCUUUGAGAACCGCAAGGGUCUGUCGAGCCACGCGCGCUCCCACCUGCGCCAGAUGGGGGUGACGGAGUGGUACGUCAACGGCUCCCCCAUCGACACGCUGCGCGAGAUCCUCAAGCGCCGAACUCACCCGCGGAGCGGAGCUUCCAACCCCAUGGGCCCCGGGCACAAAGCCAUGGCCAAGACCCUCCUGGCGGCCAUGGGACCCCUGGAGCCGCGGGGUCCCGGCGAGCUCCACAUCCCGACUCUGCCCAAGAAGGUCCAGCAGCCCGGCAGUCCCCUGGGCCACUCUCCUACCUCGUCCCCGCCUCCCACUGCCCGGAAGAUGUUUCCAGGCCUCUCUCCUCCCUCCUUGCAGAAGAAGCUCAAACACGACCAGAUGAGAGUGGAAAUCAAGCGUGAGAUGAUGACCGGGGGUCUCCACGGGGAGCCCCAUCCCUCCGACCAGGCUUGGCCGCCGCUGGAGGAGAUGUCACCCUUGAACCUCUCCUCCCGAGCCGACCCGGUGCGGGACAUCCGCUGUGAGUUCUGCGGGGAGUUCUUUGAGAACCGCAAGGGUCUGUCGAGCCACGCGCGCUCCCACCUGCGCCAGAUGGGGGUGACGGAGUGGUCGGUGAACGGCUCCCCCAUCGACACGCUGCGCGAGAUCCUCAAGAAGAAAUCGAAGCCCUGCGUCAUCAAGAAGGAGCCCCACACCUCCAUCAUCGAAACCCCCAAAGGCUUCGGGGAGGAGGGGAUGGACCCCAAGCCCUCUGGAAAAGUGCUGCAGGCCAUGGCCCUGCCUCCACUGGGCGGGAGGACGGGGAAACCCGGCGGCUCCAGCAUCGGCCGCGAGCUCUCGCUGUCGCCGCUCACCGCCAAGCCCCACGGCGCCUUCCUGACACCGCUGGCCACCAAACGGCCGCUGCAGGACGACCGCCUGGGUCCCCACCCAGAGGUGAAGCACAAGGCCUACAUCCAGACCGAGCUGCCCUUCAAAACCAAGUCCGUGCACGACAAGCCCACGCACACAUCCACCGAAGCGUGCUGCGAGCUCUGCGGCCUCUACUUCGAGAACCGCAAGGCUCUGGCCAGCCACGCGCGGGCGCACCUGCGGCAGUUUGGCGUCACCGAGUGGUGCGUCAACGGCUCGCCCAUCGAGACGCUCAGCGAAUGGAUCCGGCACCGGCCGCAGAAAGCCGGCGCGUAUCGCAGCUACAUCCAGGGCGGCCGACCCUUCACUAAGAAAUUUCGGAAUUCGUCGCACGCCCGAGAUCACGACGGAGCGCGGAGGGUGCCGCUGAGCCUGCAGCACGGCGGCAUGGCGCUGCUGAGCAAAGGGCUGGCGGCGGAGCUGGCGCACGGAGAGCCCUGCAAGAUCCUGGACGGCACCGGCGAGCGGCCCGUGGUCACCUCGCCGCUCUCGCUGGUGAAGAUGGAAGAGCAUCAGCGCUCGAAUUUCCACAAGUUUGAGCGGAGGCAGGCAAGGCCCCUGGACCCCUCCCUGCACCGGGAGGAGGAGGGGGCCGACUUCCAGCAGAAGAUGGAGGAGACCCGCCAGCCCCCACCCAGGAUGAGGCCGGUGCCCUCGCUGGUCCCCCGCCCGCCGCAGACCUCCCUGGUGAAGUUUGUGGGUAACAUCUACACCCUCAAGUGCAGGUUCUGUGAGGUGGAGUUCCAGGGCCCCCUCUCCAUCCAGGAGGAGUGGGUGCGACACCUCCAGCGACACAUCCUGGAAAUGAAUUUCUCCAAAGCAGACCCCCUGCGGGGGGACGCCCCGGCCCCCGAGCCCCCCGCCGUGGCCGAGGCUCAGUAACGGAGCCCCCCACCCCAGGGCGACGGAGCCGAACCGGGGCACCCUCCGCCCCCCACCCCGUGCCUGCGCCUCCCCCACGGAGCAACCUCAGCCCACCCCCCCCCCACUACCCCAACGCCGGGCUGGAUGGGGGGCACCCGGCCGCAAGCACUACAAGGAUCAAACCCCCCCCUCCGGUCCUCCCUCCCCAGGGGGGGGGGGAUGGUGGCACUCGAGGACGGGGCAGGGGACAACGGUGGCACCGCGUGUGCCUCCCCCCCCCACCCCCGACACGGCGGGUCCGGUUCAGCCCAAAGAGGCGGGAGCUGCAUUGGCUUCCACCGGUUCAGGGACGCGGGGAGCGAGCGCCGUGCGUUUGUCUGUGGCCCGAGAGUUGCUGUAUAUUCGAUCCCUGCAGGCAGCGCCGCCCAUCGUUCCCGGCGCUGUCGGAGCCCGUUGCUCCGGGGUUGCAUGUUGCCCCGCUCCCCCUUCCCAAAGGAAAACACUUGGCUCCCCGUCACCCCCCCCCGACCCCCGAUUUCCAGUGGGACCGUGGGCUGCGGUGAUGCUGGGGGGGUCCCGGGGUGGGGGAGGGGGAUCUGCGGAGCCGCACGUCCCCCUCCCCCCCCCGCUCCUCCUCACUGUUGCUAUAUUUUUGUUUGUUUUUUUUGUUGUUUUGUUUUUUCCCCCCCCCUUGUCUAGCUGCAUAGACCUUCGACUUUUUUAACUCUAGUUUUGUGUAGAAAAUUUAAGGAGCAUUCAUUUUUAUUUCGAAGUCCCGAGCCCAGCACGGCUCGGAGGGAAUUUACCUUUUAACUUUUUUCAUUGGGCAUAUUCUGGUUAUUAAUGUACCCGGGAAUAUGUACAUUAGAUUAAACUUCUGGAAACAA